AUGCCGAGGUCUUUCUUGGUGAAGAAGGUAAAACUGGAUGAUUUCUCCAACGGGGCGGACUUGGAGAACGCAUACCGACACCGGACGGACCUCAGCCUCAGACUCCACGAGAAAGCUGGCUACAUCAGUGACUACAUCAGCCCAUCGGUGUACGACAGGGAGAGCGAUGGUGGGAUCAAGGUGCCCUCUCCAGACCCUCUGUAUGAUGGACUGCACAGUGACUAUGGGGCUCCUGACUCCGAGUCUCCGGACAGCCCAGCCUCAGAGAUCACAGAAGCUUACAUAAACGGAGUAGCAGCAGUGAGCGAUGGCUACACAGUGGAUGCCUUCUUUAUCACUGAUGGCCGCUCUCGGAGAAAAGCCCUGGGCAGCCCCCGCAACAUCCAGAGGCACACCUGCAACGAGUGCGGUAAAACCUACGCCACGUCUUCCAACCUGAGCCGCCACAAACAGACGCACCGCUCACUGGACAGCAAGCUGGCAAAGAAAUGCCCCACGUGUGGGAAAGUGUACGUAUCCAUGCCCGCCAUGGCCAUGCACCUGCUGACCCAUGACCUCAAGCACAAGUGUGACAUCUGUGGGAAGGCGUUCAGCCGGCCCUGGCUCUUACAGGGACACAUGCGCUCACACACAGGGGAGAAGCCCUUUGGCUGUGCUCAUUGUGGGAAGGCUUUCGCCGACCGCUCCAACCUGCGUGCACACAUGCAGACGCACUCCGCCUUCAAACACUUCAAGUGCAAACGCUGCAACAAGACCUUUGCCCUCAAGAGUUACCUGAACAAGCACUACGAGUCGGCCUGCUUCAAAGGACCCUUCUCUCCACUGGGCCCCCUCGAUGCAUGA